AACUCGGCAUGGUUAGGAUUGUGCUGUGAGCGUCUGUGUGCCUCCUGCCUGGAUUAUGGCAGCUGGCCACGUGUGUGUGUGUGUGUGUACAUAUUAUUUCCCACUCUAUACCUCGGGCUCAGGGUGAGUUAUAAAUGCACCUUACUCAGAGAGCCAUCAAGCCAAUAUCCUUUAUAAGGAGUGAUUUUGAACCCAGUCUGUUAUGAUUGCUGUCUUCCCGCAAAUUCUUUUCCCUCGUGGUGAUGUUAUUGUGUGGUGUAAUUUUUUAAAAUGAGUCAAUGAAAGGGGGCGGGGGGGGGCAGGAAAUGGACAGGGAAACCUAUUUGACUUGCAAUAUCCUUGCUGCGUGAGCUUUGAAGUAAUUACAAUUUGUACUGGGAGAAGUCCCGCUGCUUCCAAAUUGACUUUGCAUUGUGGGAAACCUGAAAAAUAUUGCGCCGUCUAAUUCUGCCAGAGAGCCAAAAAAGAAUAAAAAAUUAGAUGAUUGCACAGCCCGUCGUCUUUUUUAUUAUUAUUUUUUCAGCGUAUCGCCUCAGAUUAGUUUGCAUGUGAAAAAGACAUCUGUUUCCUUUCAUGUUAAUAAUAUCGCUGUUUUCAAAGGAGGUGGGGGGGGGAGAUGCUUUUAAAAAAGUCGAAAGAUCAGUUCUGUAUUCUUGACACACUGAAAACUUCCCGUUUGCUUUACUGAGAGUUCCAAAAGGAGGCUUGGAAGGAUUUAAAAGGCAGGGUGCUGAGGCAGCCAGUCUGGCUCCUGAGAUGGUUCAUUUUCUUGACGACGUCUACAAUGUUGUAAUAGCAGAGAUGGAGUUGCUGUUGGCCACCUGUGGAGCCCACCAUAAGGCCCAUCUCGAAGGAAGUGCACAAGGAGGUGAAGCUUUAUGCAAACUGUCCCAGUCAUCAAGGGACUCGGGAGAAACUUCCACGGUACUGCAGAGGCCUAAAUCCAUUGAGAGUAAAGACAUUUGUCUAGUCUUACCCGAAAGACCAGCUUCUCAAGUCAAUGGAAACAGAGAAGACUUGCAGUUGCAUAUCAGACCUGAACUACACCCCCCUGUUCUUAGCUGCCCAGAGAGCGAUUUAUUAGGCGAUUUGCUCUGUGCCAUAAUAUCUCGAGGUUCCGAGAACAUGGCAGCGGCGUGUGAAAGUCUUAGUGGGAAACUGCUUCCAAGGACACUCCGGCAGUACAUUUGGAUUGAUAAACUCCUGAGAGCCAGCUCUGAAAGCCCGCAAAUCAAAGAACUCAUGGCUGCUGAGAGAGACGCCAGAGAGGACUUUGGGCGAACUGUAGCAUGGCGGAUGGCGGAACUGAAUCUCCGAAGUGCCACUCGAUCACCUCUUUCAGGUCUUAUUGAAAAUGCAGUUGUAGAGAAAUACAGAAGCGUUCCCUGCAUGCGUCCCUUUGCUACAAAUGAGCAGUUGAUUUUGGAGACCAGCAAAAGCUUAAACGUCUUGUAUGUUUUCAAUGGCACCUAUGACCCCUACCUCAUCUACUGGCUUUUCCCUCUCCAAAUGGCAUUUCAGCAAACAGCACCAAGAGCAGAACACCCCUAUGAAUUAGCCAUGUACCUGCAUUCUCUACAUCGGAACCUAUUCCCAACUUGGGGGAAACUCUUUGUAACAGCAGAGUCAGUGAUGAGCCUUCUGGAGAGAGAAGAUGCUGAAUUAUUUGCUCACCUUCACCGCGCUUUCAAAAAGAAUGUCACAGUUGACCCAAAAGAUUUCCUGGUGGAAUUGAUACUUCAGGAAAGAGGGAGAGCUCAAGGGAUCUGCGCGUUUGAAAAUGGAUUCCCAUCAAGACAAAACGGAACCAAAGAAAUACUGGCAAGCCCCGUGGUUUUCCUUAGGAAGUGGAUGGGAGAGGGGUUCGUUGGUGUUCUGAACUUGCCGGCUGUCUUGUUGAUCUGGGACCAGUUAUUCAUGAAAGACUGGAGCCUGGAUGUGAUGCAGAAUUUCUGUGUCUCCGUCCUUCUGUUGUUAAAGGAUUCGUUCAUGGCAGCUGAUGACUACCCAGCAGUUCGAGAAGUGUUUCUGUCUUCAGCCUCCCAGCUUCUCACAGCUGACAUUCAAAGGGCUUGGAUUCACUUACAGCAAGGGGGCUUGCCUGCUGAUGUUCCUGGGCUUAAUAGACUGAAUCAAAGGCCGCUUGUGGAUCCAUCUCCUCCGAGGCAUGGCUCAGCAGAAGCUGGAAAAAUGUGUCUGGACCCUGGGGAAAUCUCACCAACUGGCGUGAAGGAUAUUUUAUUGACGGUAGUUUUACCAGUUCCUCAGGCUGAGACUCACCACAGUCAGGAUGGACUGAAGACUUGUGCCCUUUCAGUAAUAGAAUCACAGGAGUCUCUCUUUAAAAAAUUUGAUCCUUCUGCUGUGAAGUUAACAGUUUCGGUGUUUUGUGGCCCUGAAAUGCUGCGUUCCAAGACAGGUUCUUUCAGCUCCUCCCUUGUGCGGAAAACCCAAGGAAAAACAGAAAUGGGAUUCACUCUUCAGUUCAGUGAAUCAUUUGCAUUUGAUUCCCUGGACCCAACAGCAUUCGUAGGCGUGCAAGACUCAAAACCUUACAUCUUGUUGAAGGUCACGUACAGUCCUAAAGGAACAGAUUCACUGGCUCUUGGGUGGCAGAAAGUGGAUGCGUUCCAGCAAGAAACUACAGGUUCUGGGAUGAUCUGGGCCCCUAGGGAAUUCUCACCGUGCUUGCCUCUGAAUCCCGGGGAAGUGCCUGAUGCUCUAAUGGAGUGUCCUUUCAGAGAGCUUCCCAAAGAUUUUGCCAAGGGCCGUUCAACUAUCCAGCUGACAGUGUACGAUGUUGCCAAGGAAAGACGGAGACUGCGAAGCCACCGAUUGAGGAAAGAAAGGCACCAAGGACCCUCUUUUCUCUAUGCUCCUUGGGUCCCACAUGAUCCCAGCAUCAUGCUACCAAAUCCUCCGAGGAUCAACCAGCCAUUUGAUCUGUAUAUAGAUGCCCUUCAUUAUAUACCUGAUAAUGCAACCAUCACAAAGGUAACAGGUCAUUUCAAGAAUACGGGCUUCAGCAAUCUGCACCCUUUCGUAGCAUUUCCUGUUCUCGAGAGCCCGUCUCGAAAUCCAGAAUUCCAGUACCGAGCAGCAAUAGAUGGAGGCAUUUCAAGUGGGAUGGAUAGCAACACUUGGCUUCUGUUUCAAGUUCAUACAGUUGACAUGGAUUCUGGAGACCUUGUUCUACUAGGAAGCUGUGCCAUCCAUGUCUUUAAUGCUGAAGGAGAAUUAAAUGUGGGAGGGUUUCAACUGAAACUGAGAGCUGGCUUGCUGGAAGACGGACCCUCAUCUCUUAACCCAUCUUUGCUGAAUCACCAUAGAGUUAUUCCUUGCUGUACUCUCCUUAUUCGACUCUUACCACAUGCUCAGGUUCCAGUGCCUCCCCCAAGUUACUUGGCAGGAUACUAUUUCACCGACGGAGCAAAACUCAACAGUUCAGAGCUGGAGAUCAUCUCAAGCUUCCAGAAGGACAGCGACUUCCCAAACCUUGUGCUGGACAUGGCACUGCAGUUAAUGAACAAGGAGCAAAGCAGAGUUCUGCCCGAUCAGCUGAAAGCUUGGUGUGUAGAAAAGUUAAGCGAGAGAGGACAUUUGUCACCGCAGCAUCCUCUGAAGUGCAUCGACAUACAUCGUGCAGUCCGUUAUCGGCAGCCAGCUGGAGUCCGUGUCCGAAUCAAGCAAGCAUUUGGGCUUAAAGCUGAUGGCUGCUAUGUGAAUGCACUGGCCAGAAUCCUUAAGGGGGCUGCAAGCAUGCAGUUGCCUGAGCUGCCUCAACGCUGGGGAGGAGAAGAAACAUUCCUGGUGCAACAACUUGAUUUUUCAAGCCUGCAGAGAUCGCCCAAGUGGAUUGAUCCAUCUGUGGUUUUGCACCCUUAUCUUGAUGAUCACAGCGUUCUGCUAGUCCAGAUAUAUGGCUUGGAUGCUAUUUACACCCCAGAUCCGAGUGGACAAAGAGCGGGCACAGUAGCGCCACGUUCUGGCCAGGCCAUCGAGCUCAACGAACAAUCCCAGCUGGGGUGGACGGUUCUUCCGCUCUUUGACAGAAACUGCGUAGGAAGUGGGGUGCACAACACACCUUUAUUUCGAGGGGUGCCGAGUCCUGAAUUUCUACGGGGCAUAACCACCCAACCUGUGAAGGAUGUCAUGUCUGAAGGUUUGAAGAAAAAGAGGCUCCGGCUCCUAGCCACGUAUGGCAGUCUAGUUACCGAGGUGUGGGAUGGCCAUUACUUUGACGGUGACCGGCAGGAGUUGCCAGUUCUCAAUGACCUCCUAUCCGUCGACAAAACAAGGAAAUUUUUGGCAGCUCGAACCAGCAAGAGGGGCAAGGAAAUGUCACAGCUUGUUCUGAAAACCCUGGAUAAAAAAAUUAAAAAUCUUGGUUGCACCAGCCUUGAAUAUCUGCAGCAAGAGCAUUUUUACAAGCAAACAAUGGGGGCCGUUUUUUACAAUGUUGUGGAAACGGCACUCAUGAAUGCAGGAUACGGCCCACUGUGACUCAUGCUCUUCAACAGCAUCCAUGAAGGAAAGAAGAGUAUGGGAAGCUUAAUUCUGUGCGACAGAACUGUGAAUCCAGGAAUGUGAGACGGAAGAGAAAACUUCCAUAGCAGAGAUGGGGAACCUGCAGAUCUCCAGAUGUCGGACUCCAACGUCAACCAACCCCAGUCACCAGUUCCCCAGGGCUUAUCUAUAGGCUCAAUAUCCCAGCACUCCAUCUAGAAGAUAACACUUACCAGUAAUUCCUCUCUGGUCUUUUAUAAGUUUAAUUUAUUUUAUUUAUUAUUUAUUUCACACUCUGCACUUGGAGAGCUUUGAAAGGCGAUUAGGCAAGUUCAUGGAGGACAAGCCUAUGAAUGGCUCCUAGUCAUGGUGGCCAUAUGAUAUUUCCAGUGUCAGAUGCUGUACAGUGGUACCUGUACACAAUCGGUUCCGGAAGUCUGUACUUAACCUGAAGCGUACUUAACCUGAAGCGUACUUAACCUGAAGCGAACUUUCCCAUUGAAAGUAAUGGAAAGUGGAUUAAUCCGUUCCAGACAGUCCGUGGAGUACUUAAACUGAAGCGUACUUUCCCAUUGAAGGUAAUGGAAAGUGGAUUAAUCCAUUCCAGACGGGUCCGCAGAGUACUCAACCUGAAGUGUACUUAACCCGAAGUAUGAGUGUAAUUGGUUCUGGAAGUCCGUACUUAAUCUGAAGUGUACUUAACUUGAAGCGAACUUUCCCAUUGAAAGUAAUGGAAAGUGGAUUAAUCCGUUCCAGAUGGGUCCGCGGAGUACUUAAACUGAAAGUACUCAAACCAAAGCGUACUUAAACCGAGGUAUGACUGUAUAUCUCUGAACACCACUUGCUGGGGAUUGCAAGAGGGAAGAGUUUCUGCAGCACUCGUGUCCUGCUUGGGCAUCUGGUUGGCAAGAGUGAGAAGAGGAGGCUGGACUACAUGGGACUUUUGUCCAAGUCUUGUUUCAUCCCAAGUGCUUCUAAAAUAGUAAAAUUAUACCCACAAAGAAGGGAAGGAAUAGAGAGAACUGCAAUAGUACGUAGGAACAUAGGAAGCUCACUUGUACAGUCAAACCAUUGGUCCAUCUUGCUCAGAAUCAGCUACACUGACUGGCAGAGGCUCUCCAGGGUUUGGGGCAAAAGUCUCUCUGUUCUACCUGGAGAUGCCAGGGAUUGAAGCAGGGAUUUUCAGCAUGCAAAGCAGAUACUAUCUAGUUACAGGCAGGUAGCCUUGUUGGUCUGAUGUAGUCAAAACAAAAUAAAAAAUUCCUUCCAGUAGCACCUUAGAGACCAACUAAGUUUGUCAUUGGUAUGAGCUUUCGUGUGCAUGCACACUUCUUCAGAUACUAUCUAACACUUUUUAUUAUUAUUUUUCUUAACCAAUAUGUUUAUGCACUUGUAAUACAAAGAGAACUAAUAUCCUGUGUGAUGGUGGUAGCAAGGUUGAUGUUAUGGAAGAUAUUGGGGAAAUCCUCAAAUCACUCAACCCAUAAGAGAAUGGGAAGUGAAAAUGUACGAAUAUACAAUUGUGACAAAGCUUACAGGCUGUUUAAUAGAGAAAGGAGAAAGGCAUAAUCCUAGUAUGUAGACCAGUGGGUCCCCAAAGGGGUAGGGUGGAGAUUACUUAGGCAAGCGCAAGGAGGCAGGAGGUGUAAAUGACAAUUGGGCUUUGAAAAGCUGAUAUCACUGGAUCAAGUCCAUCAGUUUUGUUGAAUUAAUCAAACCACGUGUUUCAAAAUGGAUUUUGAGUAAAUGUGCAAUUAAUUGUUACUGUUCUGAAUUUUAUUGAUUUAUUGGGUCGUGCAAACCUCUAUUCUGAACAAACAAUGCUUUUUAUAGGGUAGGGGGUACUGAGGAUGAAUUUAUGGAAUUAAAGGUUUGGGAUCAACCGAUGUAGACAGAAUCAGGCAAAGUUUAUGAGUAUGGACUGGCAUAACCAAUCAAGUUCUUCACAAGAUGAUCCAAAAUAUUUUAGAUUAUAGAAUGUUAUAUAAGCCGAGUUAGGAAUGUCUUGCUUUAAUUUUCCUUUUCUUUUAAGUGCAUGUUUAAUAAAACUG